UUGCUGGCUCCCUUUCUGCUCCAGACUUUGCAGAAACUUAGCCAGGGCUCCAUCAGAUCCAGGGCUGGAAGUGUGCAAAAACUCCACUCCUGGUGUUCCCGGCGUCCCAGGUCUUUGUCCCCCGGAACUUCGCUCGCUCCUCCUGGGUGUCCACCGGGGCUCUCUCCGCUCGCAUCUGGAUCCCAGCGCGCCCUCGCGUCCCGAGCCACGGCAACAACAACCAAACAACCAAAAAACCAGCUAAAAAAACCCCAACAACAGCCACCCUGAGCAGAAUAACCCAGCACCCGGUGUGUUGAGAGAGAGAGAAGCAGAAAGAGACGGCGGGAAGGAGCCCACCUCUCCCGGCACCUCCGCAGCCUCCGUCCGCCCCGGAGCCACAGCAGCAACUCUGAUUGUUGAGGGGGGAAGAAAAAAAAAAGUUUUCAAAACCAGUUUUUGCUCCUAGUAUUUGACUUUUACCUCAGUGUCGAGUCUGGUACUCGACAUUGAACCGGCGUGUGUGUAAGUUGUGAACAUAGGAGAGGGGUUUGCGGCUUUUUUUCGGUGUUUUUCCCCCCUUGUUUCUGCUGCUGCUGCAGCGGUGAAUGAAGCGCGUCUCCGGGAGGAAACUCAGCGUGGGACUCGCACCGACUCCGUCUGAACUUCCACUCACCUGAGCGAUUAUACACCAAAUUUUUUUUCUUUUUUUCUUUUUUUGGCUGUUUCCCCCCACCUGUCGAGGCCGAGCACAGACAUGGAGGCGCUGGUGGUUCUGCUGCUGGUGUGCACGCCGGGCGUGUGGUCCGUGUCCGGCUCCGCGGAGCCGCGGCUCAAGAACUGCAACGAGGUGCGCGCAGCCUACAGCUCCAAGGGCUUCAACGUCAACGAUGUCCCCAACAAAGGCGUCAACGGAGCCCACCUGAAGGUGUGUCCGCAGGGCUUCUCCUGCUGCACGGAGGAGAUGGAGGACAAGCUGAGCCAGCAGAGCCAGGCGGAGAUCAAGGCCCCCGUGUCCAGGCUCAGCACCAGCCUGCAGUCCACCUUCAAGCAGAGACACGACCACUUCGACAAGUUUUUCCGUGAACUCUUGAAAAACUCUGAGGUGUCGCUGCACAACAUGUUCGUGCGCACGUACGGCAUGAUGUACGUGCAGAACGCGGAGCUCUUCAAGGACUUCUUCCGGGACCUGACGCGCUACUACGUGACCGGCAGCGCCGCCAUCAACCUCGACUCCAUGCUGUCGGAGUUCUGGGCCGACCUGCUGGAGAGGAUGUUCAAGCUGGUCAACGUGCAGUACGAGUUCAGCGACGCCUACAUGGAGUGCGUGAGCCAGCACACGGAGCAGCUGCAGCCGUUCGGCGACGUGCCGCGCAAGCUCCGCAUCCAGCUGACGCGGGCGUUCGUGGCCGCGCGCACCUUCGUGCGAGGCCUCGCUCUCAUGCACGAUGUGGUCAAUAAAGUGUCCACGGUCAGCGCGUCUCCCAGCUGUGUGCAAGCGGCUACCAAGAUGUUGUACUGUCCCUACUGCUCGGGCCAAGUGGCCCUGAAGCCCUGCCAGAACUACUGCCUGAACGUGAUGCGCGGCUGUCUGGCCAACCAGGCCGACCUGGACACGGAGUGGAACAACUUCCUUGAUGCCAUGCUCGGUCUAGCGGAUAGGCUUGAAGGUCCCUUCAAUUUUGAGUCUGUCAUGGAUCCAAUAGAUGUUAAGAUUUCGGAGGCCAUCAUGAACAUGCAGGAGAACAGCCAGCAAGUAUCCCAUAAAGUUUUUCAAGGAUGUGGGGUGCCUAAACCAACCACAGCGUUCCGUAGCACGCGCUCUGUGAAAGAAACGGGCUUUACUGGCCGUUUCCGCCCUUACAGUCCGGAUGCCAGACCCACUACCGCUGCCGGGACCAGCUUAGAUCGACUGACGACUGAGGUGAAGAAGAAGCUGAAACAUGCAAAGAAGUUCUGGUCCACACUGCCAGAGACGGUGUGUGCAGGAGAGAGCAUCGCGCCCCGUGACGAGUGCUGGAACGGCACAGCAAAAAGCAGUUAUGAAUCGGAUGUCAUCGGCAACGGGCUGGCCAACCAGAUAUCCAACCCAGACGUGGAUGUGGACAUAACCAAACCUGACAUUCUGAUUCGGAGUCAGAUUGCCGUUUUGAAGGAGAUGACGAGCUGGCUCAAAGCAGCGCACAGCGGCAACGACAUCUCCGUGGAGAACGAUGAGGGUGGCAGCGGCACGGAGGAGAGCGGCAGCGGCUGCGACUCGCCGUCUUGCGACACGGACGAGGACAUUUACUUCUCCACCCCUCCCAACCCCGUGAAGCCGCGGCUGGACACGGUGCAUCGAGCUUCAGCGGGCGGCGUGGCCUCGCGGGGGAGCGCGGCGCUGGCGCUCUGCGGCCUGGGCCUGGCCCUGCUCGCCUCGCACAUGAGAUAAGACUGGCAGAAGCGGGAAGAAGAGAGGAUCAGGAAUAAUAGAACGAAGGGGAAAACUGUCAGAGAGACUUUAAAAAAAAAAAACUGCCUUCAGGACCUCAGACUGUCCGCUGUUGAGGGGGGAGACUCUUCUUGAUAUAACAAUAACUUCACUAUUAACUAUUUGUAUGUUUUUAAGGACAGCGGUGUACAGCAAUGUGGUUUUCUUUUCAAGAAAUCUAACCCCCUCCCUCCCCCCCCCGAUAAACCUAUUCACCAAAGGCUCCUCCGGAGCUUCCUUACGGUUUUGCUUGCAGGAUUACAAACAUUUAUAUCAUUGUUUUGUUGUGGCGUCUCCACCUCAUGAUUCAUGAUUCAUGUCGUGCCUUCUUCAGCGGUUGCCAUCUGAUAUUAGGAAGGAAGUGCGGUCGAACGGGGCUCGUCUCCGUCGUUCUGAGGAUGUUGUUUCCUUCCAUUUAUCAGAGUUUAAAUGAAUAAUAGAAAAAUGGGUUUCGUUGCAGCGCGGCUAUGAAUGUUUGGAUUUCGUAGCGGCUGCCGUGCACGUUCUGAAUGUGCGUCACUGUGAAUGUUUGGCUCCGCUCAGAGAUAUCAGCCUGCUGCCGGCCUCGGCCGCGGAGCAGCUGGAGCUUUUCUGGCGAGAUGAUGAAGAAGAAGAAGAAGAAGAGCGGCUUUAACAGGAUCACAGUGACAAACGCAGGUAGUUUCGUUUGACCCAAAGAUGGAAUCAUUACUCAUGGGAGCCGUGGGGGCGCCCGGCAAAGGGCACACCUGACUAUUGUACGCCUGCUACGAGCAUUAUCGCGACCUAACCUUUAAUUUCCUCGUCGUUUUAAUUUUUAUUUUCCAGUUUAAGCAGUUCGUUAGUAAGAUUAUACCUCAUGCAUACUCUCAUUGUCAAUGCAAACUGGUGAUGCUGACUUGAAAGGAUCUGAUAAAGUUAGAUAAGUGGCUGGUGUUCCCCCGUAAUUAACCCGGAAGAAGGCAAAGCUGGCAAAGUCUCGGACGUCCUUGUCGGUACUGGAAGCUCGGCUCAGCUCGGCUCAGCUCGGCUCAGCUCCGCACCGACGGUCUGACCCGAUGGAGUGGUGGCUGAAGAGAAAAACAGGCGUGGACAUGUAUGUUCAGAGCAUUUCAUACUAAACCAGAGGAACAAAAGACCGUUUUGAUCAAGAGAAAUCAGAAAAAUGCUAUUUUAAUACAGGGUUUAAUGUUGAGGAGGUGUAACUAUUAACAAUUAUUUUAGUAUGAAGAUAUAUAUAUGUGGUACUACAGGCGGAUGGUUCUGGUAGUUUGAUGGCGGAAAAGGACGUCGUGCACAGGUAAAGGGGGCACUUGUAGUCGGUGUGCACAGUCGCAGUAUGUUUUUCUCUUUUCCUUCCGUACCUCCACCCCUCAUCCGCCCCCGCCCGUAUCAAUGUACUCAUCCUGAAAUAUUUGAUCUACCUGUUCUCAUCGUCUCAGCGCUAGGUGGAAAUGCUGAGUGUCACAGUAACGUUUUUAUUUGUUUUUUCCAUAUUUGGUACAUUAUUGGCAUCUUGUCACGUGUAAGAAAAGAAGAAUGUAGAUGUUGGUAAAUGAUCAAUAUGCACAGAUCCCCCGAAGCACAAUGAAAGUUCUUCUCUAUCUUCUAUUUUGAUAAUCAGGUUUGUGAACUGCUUUAUGUGGCUAUUUCAACUUUAAACUGAUGCUGCCUCCUGUAGCUUUUGUACAGUAACUUAUAUCUGUAUUCGAAUGUCAUUGCAAAAAUGCUUUUAGAAUUGACUGAUUAUCCCAAAUAUAGUUUCUAGUACAUUUCCGAGUGCACAGCAGAGGUGGAAAAAAUGCUCAUUUACCCACGGUAAUUUAUUACAAGCAUCAGGGUUUUGAGUAUCUAUUUAGUAAAAAAAAUUGAAAAGGGGGGUUUGCAUUCCUGUCCAGCCUCCGCGCAGAAAACGCUGAAAAGAAAAAUGACAAGUCUUUUGCUACUUUGGCUUUGAAAUUGACGUGUUGACAGUGAUCCUACGUGACAUUUUCUUCAGGUUAUCGAGAUCUGUUCCAGCUUAUUUUUUAGAAUCAGACUUGGGAGGAUUUGAUGAAACAUCUAUGCAACCUGUAUGAAGUACCGAAGCCUCGAUUUAAAAUCACAGCGCUGCUUCCCAGCAGCCUCUUUUAGUGCAACAUCUGCAGGUGAUCAGUUCAGUUCUCCUUUGUUUCGUUUUUUUUUUGUUUUAGCGUUCCACAAACAUUUCUAUAAGGGCUUGUGCAUGUGUUUGUGUCAUGUUAGAGGAGUUGUGUCAAGCUUAGAAGAAACACAACCUUCUGAGAGUGGGAGUGAAGGUUAUGGGUGACGAUGGUGAAUGUCUGUGCUUGCAGGCCAGGGCAGCAACAUUUAUCCAGCUGGCAGGAGAUGGUCCGGCUGCUGGAUGUUCAUCUAAUCCACAGAGCAACGUCGUUCUCAUGACUUAAAAGUUGAGUUGGACAGGUGUUGAAACCCUUUCCAUCUGCCUUUGGCCCACAAGAACAGGAAGAACUCGCUCUCCGAGGAGCUAGCGAGUGACUGAAGAGAAUAAAAAAAUGUGUAAAUAAAGAGCAGCCAUUUUAGAUGUCUCUAAAAGAGGCCUUAACAAUACACCAGAUUUUUACUUGUCAGAGUAUCUCCUAAAUGUUAUCGAAGAAAAAAAAAAAAAAAGAACAAGAUGAGAUAGAUGUUAAAUUGUAAGAGAAAAUGUAUUUUAAACAACCUUUGUUAGUCUUGUGGAAAUAAAGACUGCCGAUAUUUA